AUGAAGUCCCUGGCUCUGCUUUUCCUGCUGUCCGUGGGUGCAGCCAGCGCUGCUGUCUCACCUCGGGCUGUGUGGGAGCUUCGCAGUAUGAUCAAAUGCACCAUCCCGGGCAGCCAUCCUCUGCUGGACUUCGCGGACUACGGCUGCUACUGUGGCUUGGGAGGCAAGGGGACUCCCGUGGAUGAGCUUGACAGGUGCUGUCAAGUGCAUGAUAACUGCUACUCAGAGGCAAAGAAACUAGAUUCAUGCAGAUUCCUCGUGGACAACCCCUACACUGAGAUGUACAGCUUCAGCUGCUCCAGCGGGGAGAUUACGUGUCACAGCAAGAACAACGAGUGCGAGAUGUUCAUCUGCAACUGCGACCGCACUGCUGCCAUGUGCUUUGCCAAGGCGCCCUACAACCCCCAGUACGCCAAACUGGACACCAAGAAAUACUGCAACUAG